UCCUUGUUCUCUUUGUGACAAUUUUCAAGCCUGCUGGAAUGAACGAUAGUCGGAUACUUGCGAAGAAGCUUAAUGGCCAACGGAGAAACCCAUACAAAUAGGCAAUAGGGGACAUAUAGAUUAAAAAUAUAGAGAAAGGUGGUAGAAUGUUCUUGAACAUGGUCAUGUGAUGUCACGAGACCAGUUGUGUCGCACUUUAGAAUACAUACUCUGACGUACGACUGUUUUUUUUACGGUUUCUAAGGUCAGAAACGUAAUAUAAUUUAUUUAAGUAGCUUUGUUUGCAUCUCGAAAGAUUGACUGGUAAUAAAAAUUAUUUCAGUUGUGUUCAUUUUUGCUUACAAUCCGCUUAUUUUCCUCUCAAACGAGAAGAAAAAGAGAACCCGGGCACGUGGAGGGUAUUGACCAAUCGGAGGCCGAGCUCCGAGCAGAAGGGUAUAAAUAGCGGGCAUGUUGCCGUGAGACGUCCGCCAUUGAAGACUGGUGUUUGGGGGUGAAAAAGAGAAUUAUUUGUUUUUAGACGUUUAUUUCAAAGCAUUUAAGUAAAAAAAAAUUGUAUCCGGACGAACCAAUCGUUCAAGAGCCUGCAUCUUUUCCAGCAGAACUUCUUCGGCACUGUUAAAAACAUUCUUUGUUGUGCCAGAGACUGAAAGUGGUGCAGGUGGAAGAUGUGUAAUGAAUGCUGAGCUGGCCACAGCUUCAGAGCAUCCCUCUCCACACGCCUGUCUUUGGAGCAGAACCGACCAUGUCCGAGCCGGUGCUCAGCAUGAACAGGAACCCACCUCCCCCUGAGUACAAGAACCAUAAAAAACCUGGCCGCCACACCAACCAGCUCCAGUACCUGGAGAAAGUGGUGGUCAAAGCCCUGUGGAGGCAUCAGUUCUCCUGGCCCUUCAGGCACCCUGUGGAUGCUGUUCAGCUAAACCUGCCUGAUUACUAUAAAAUAAUCAAAAACCCAAUGGACUUGAGCACGAUCAAAAAACGUCUUGAAAAUAAUUAUUAUUGGAAGGCUUUGGAAUGUGUUGAAGACUUCAACACCAUGUUUACAAAUUGUUACGUAUACAAUCGGUUAAAUCUCAUUUUCUUUCAGCCAGGAGAUGAUAUAGUUUUGAUGGCCCAAGCUCUUGAGAAGUUGUUUCUUGAGAAAGUAGCUGAAAUGCCACAGGAUGAGUGUGAAAUCACAGCAGUUACCAAUAAGGCACCUUUGAAAGGAAGGAGGAUGUCUGCUACAGGACUUGGGAAAAUGCGACCUCCGUCUCCUGUGUCUGAGGUUGUGUUCCAACAGACAGUGACGGUCAUUCCUCCCGAGGCAUUGCACACCAUCUCAUCUGCACCCCUGUCUGCUCAGCUUGAAGCCAAAUUAAAAAAGGGUGUGAAAAGAAAAGCAGACACCACAACCCCCAUGGCUCCCAUCCUUACCAGCAGUGAGUCAUCUCCCUGCAUCUCAGAACCAAAGGUUCUGAAGUUAUAUUCACGGAGGGGCAGCGGGCGACCCAUUAAACCACCACGUAAAGACCUACCUGAGUCGCCACAACAGCACCAGGUGGGGCGCAGGGCCAAGCUAUCUGAAAGGCUUAAAUACUGUAGUGGCAUCUUGAAGGAGAUGUUCGCCAAGAGGCACUCUGCCUAUGCCUGGCCCUUCUAUGAGCCUGUGGAUGCUGAGGCACUCGGCCUGCAUGACUAUCAUGAGAUCAUCCAUCAACCCAUGGAUUUGGGCACCAUUAAAAAAAAGAUGGACAGUCGUGAAUACACAGACGCCUUGCAGUUUGCUGCAGAUGUUCGUCUCAUGUUCUCAAACUGUUACAAAUACAACCCUCCGAAUCAUGAGGUUGUAGCUAUGGCCAGGAAACUCCAGGAAGUUUUUGAGUCCCGCUUUUCUAAGAUUCCAGAUGAGCAAAAACCUUUGACUGCUGGCCAACACCUUGUGUCUAAAAGGGGAAAAAAUGAGCAAGCAGAAAGUCCUUCCAGCUCAGAGAGCAGUGACUCAGAGUCUUACUCAGAAAGCUCAUCUGACUCUGAGGAAGAGGAAGAUGAAGAGAAAAGAGCACAAAGACUCUCUAUUCUGGAGGAACAGCUAAAAGCAGUGCGGGAGCAGCUGCAGUUACUGACUCAAACACCUUUUGUGAAGCAAAAGAAGAAAGAAAAAUCAAAGAAGGAUAAAAGGAAAAAAGAAAAGCGAAAGGGCGGUGAAGUGCAGAAAACAGCUCCUCCAGGGAAGGUGCACAAGAGGUCGAGUAGCAGCAAGUCAACAGGGAGGAAUAUGGAGAGCCAAGGGUAUGAGUCUAAAGAAGAAGAGACUGCACCGCCCAUGUCCUAUGAGGAGAAACGACGUUUGAGUCUGGACAUCAACAAGCUGCCUGGAGACAAACUUGGCAAAGUGGUGAAUAUCAUCAAGGCCAGGGAGCCUAUGCUUAGAGACACAGAUCCCGAAGAGAUUGAGAUUGACUUUGAAACACUCAAACCAACUACGCUUCGAGCUCUUGAGAUGUUUGUUAUGACCUGCCUCAAGAAAAAAUCUAAGGGACCUGGCCAGAAAAAUCCCCAAAAAUCGAAAGGUGAAAAGACAAAGGAGACCGGGAAACAGACUGUCAAUGAAGAGCUGAACUCAACCAAGAGGACCAAGGCAAAGAGUGAAUUGAUUGCCACAGAGCCCAAGGAUUUAGCGCUCUCUUCCCGUCUUAGUGAGAGCAGCAGUUCCUCCUCCAGUUCUGACAGCAGUAGUUCUGACUCUAGUUCUUCUGAUAGCAGUGACUCUGACUCAGAGAAGAAACUUAAGAAGAGAAACAAAGCCCAUGGUCAUGGUACCAAAAUUAAACACAAGGCGUUGAAGGAGAGCAUUGCCCUUGAGAUGAAGGAGUCCUACAAAGACCCGUCGGCCCAGGCCACCAAGCCACCUGCUGAGGAGGCCAAAGCGCCACCAGCCCUGCACAGCCAGCUGCCUUCUCAGCCUUCCAGACCCAGUGCCAAAGCCACUCCUCUAGUUCGAAAGACCUGGAUGACCCCCCAGAUUCUGCCCUCUGAGCAGAGCCCGUCACCUCCCACUGCUCUUUCUUCAACAGACAUCUCCUGCUCCUCUCCCUCCUCACCAAAUAACCUUAUAACCGUGCUACCCAAACAGUCUCCCCCCACAUCCUGUACACAUCCACCUGUAUUAUCCAGUGGGCCUAAGAGUCCACCAGGUUCCUGCACUUCCCACAGUUCCCCAGCAUCUGCUCCCACUGACCCUACAUGCCCCAUCCCAACUGCUGCCACUGUAAAUCCUCUGCUUAAGGCUCAGCAAAAAGGGUUCCCUGCUCUCCUUUCUCCGCUAUCCUCUCCUCCUGGACUGCCGUCCUCAAACUCUGUAUCAUCUGUGGCAAGACACCAGCCCACCACCAGACAUGAGCAGUGUCCCAGUUUGACCAACCCACUGGCACAUAUGAGGGGGGACCCAGAUGUAGUGGGAGAGUCCUUUGUUCAGCUACAGACAAUGCCUGGGACUAAAUUUACAGAAGAUGGUGAAUCACACAAAUCAGGCCAAGACAUCAAGCCCAGCAUUGCUAAAACGGAAAUUGUUCUGAAGCAUGCAGACUCCUGGACAAUCCUGGGCAAGAUGACCGCUUCGGCACCUGCUACCACUCGGUCAUCCAAGGAGAGUUUUCAACAAUUCCGCAAAGCUGCAAUGGAGAAGGAGGAACGAGAAAGGGCACGUAAGCUCCAACUAGAGGCUGGCAGAGAAAGGAGCAGCUUGGACAAGAGCAGCCUGACGCCGCAGCUUUCUAAAGCCAAACCAGAGAUUCAGGCCUCCAGGACAGAGUCGGAGUCUGCAGAGCUUCCCAUUAUGGCAGCAAUCUUGGACCAACCUAAAAUACCAGAACCUUCUACUCCUACUCAGUGCUCCAUGGACCGUGACAGAGAGAUGGCUCGAAAAAGAGAGCAGGAGAGACGCAGACGGGAAGCUUUGGCUGGAACCAUCGACAUGACGAUGCAGCAUGAAAUCAUGGCCACCUUCGAGAAGAACCUCGACUGAAAUGACAAAAACAAAUACAAAAUGUAAAAAAAAAAAAAACAUACAUGCUACCUUUCUGUGAAGAGUAGCUGGUCUCCUCCGCUUCCUGUCAAGUGCCACGAGUCCUGGUGACUGAAACGGGUUCUAGCAUCUCACUAAUGGUUUUCUCUAUUUACUUUAGCGUAUUCACACUGUAGUGGCUAUAGUAAAAUAUAAAAAGCUGUUGAGAAAUUGUAUAGUGUACAAUGUAAAUGGAGCAUGCCAUGCAAUGGGCUGCUUGUGUAUUGAAUAGAUAAUAACUAUUGAUAUUGAUAUUUGGAUGUUUGCUGAAUUUCCAGUAUUAACGUACACACAUUGUCACUUGUUCCUUUUGUGAAGGGCAGUAAAUGAACUAAAAUGGUGAUUGCACAUCAAAUACUGAGAAUGUUUUGCAUUCUGUUUUUCCCGUUUGUUUGUUUCUUUGUUGUUGUUUUUGUUAUUUUUUUUUUUUACCAUAAAUGGUGUCCAUUGUUGUGUUCAUAUUCUAAGACAUGAUGAAACAGCUCUUCUUGCACUGAUUUUUGAUGAUACUGUGAGUGCAUCUAUAAUGCAGCAGAUUAGAAAUACACAGUAUGUGCUUUGAUAUGUAUAUUUGUGAACUUCAAAUAAGUUUUCAAAACAUGUAACUGUUUAGCUGCAACGUGUUGUUCAGUCUCUACCUACUCAGUUUUUUUUGUUGGUCACGGUUCUCUACAGCCCUCAGUAUUUUACAAUAGUAAGCUGCAUCUGUCCUACAAACCUUUCAAGUUGCUGUGAUAUUGUUGCCAGCAUCUACCGAGUUCCUGAGUGUGGCAUGAACGCAGAAGGGAUGUAAAUUGUGAUUUGUAAUUGCAGUAUGAACAUUGUAAAAACCACUUUGUGGUAAUAGUUGCAAAAUUUAAAUCUGUUGUGUUUUUACAAGUCUGUUUAUUGGAUUUGCAAUUCAUAGGUUUGCUCUAUAAUUGUUGCAUUUACUAAGUCAUCUUGGACAGUAAAGUAACGUCAUGUUCAUUUUAAAUAAUCAGUAUUUGGUCUAUGGUAGAAGUAAUAUGCAUAUGAGUGUGACUGUUGCAUAUGCUUCAGUAAUAUAAUUGUACAUCAUUCUCUCAAACAAUAUAUUUUUGAUUACUGGGAAUUGUUAAAGUAAAUAAUAACGCCAACGUGCCAUUCCAUUUAAGUGUUGCUUUAACUGUUCAGGCAUUUAAAAUCUCACUGUUGAUUCAGUACCAGUCAGGGGUAGUAUGCCUAAGGUUAGAGUUUUGUGUUCAUUGAUAAUUCAAGGUAUUGAUGUUUUGUCCAGAGUUGAAAAUGCAAUGUUUUUGUUUCCUUCCUCCUGAUGCUUGUGGCCAUGCUUCCUCAAUUGGCUUCCUUCUGUCCAUCACUCAAGCACUUUAUUCAGCAUCCUGGCAGAACUGAAGUAAAUGAUAUGGGGUUGUUUCACAGUGACCAUAUUCCAGUAUAUUAAAAAAAAAUCAAAUUAAAAAACUAUUUUCAUUUAAA